AUGCCAUUCAUACACCCCGCUCGGCUGGAUCCGGAUAGCAACGGCCUAGGAACACCUGCCAAUGUGGAUGUGAUGAGCGCAACACACUUGUCAAAAUCAAAAUCCCGGCUAGGGUCAAAAUCGAAAAGAUAUGACCUGGGAAAGAGGAGGCGUGGAAGAACCAAUCUGGGAGACCGUGCAAGGGAUGCCCGUCUCAAUGCUCUCAAGCGAGCAGCACGUCGUACAUCCAACUCCAAAGUUGCGCCGUUGCUUGCCUCUCGUAGCAGGUUAGUCCUCUCUAGUCAGCACCCCGUACAGCCACAGUUUGGAGGAAUUGAGGCGAAUGAGGAAGUGGAGAUGCUCCCAUGGUCUUUUACUGUCCAUCUCUUUGCAAUUGGAUCUGUCACUAACUAUUCAUACCCCUGUAGAAAAGGUAGUGCUGGGAUCCCGUUGGUGAUGGCAGAUCAGCCGGAAGCCUCGACGGGCGAGCAGAGUUCCACGGCCGUCACCGAUCAAGCCAAUUGCACAACUAGUGGGACUUAUUCCAUAAUCCCAUAUUUGGAUUCUUUAGCUAACAGUCGUCUAGCCGCCCAGAACGAAAGCACACAGCCUGGGCAAUCCCAAAACGAAUAUGCUCCAACAGAAUGGAUAGUGCCUGAUAUCUAUUCAGAUCCAUUCAGCGCCCCUUUAUUCACAGAUAACUCGGAUUCUUUCAUGAUGUCGCUUGAAGCGCCACAGAACUUUUGGCCCCCUUUGCCUGAAUUUAUUAAAACCCCACCUGAACACUUCAGACAAGGCCACAUCAUGUUCCUCCUAGCAGAAGGCGCUUUGACCCUCCCGAGCGUGUCCCUUCAGCAUGCUCUCGUCGAAGCAUGGGCGGAAUUUGCAUAUCCCUAUAUGCCUUUGGCUCACAUUCAUGAUUUGUUGAAUACAAUCCACAACCCGAACAGCUCAGGGCAGCGUAUUAGCCUCUUAUUAUAUCAAGCCAUCUUGUUUGCCGGUUCCGCCUUUGUCGAUACUAAGCACUUAAGACAGGAAAACCACGGUUUCUCAAGCAGGAGAGAUGCUAGAAAGGAACUAGCCCGGCGGGUAACACUGUUGUAUGAUUUGGAAUAUGAGAGAGAUAAAGUCACUCUCGUCCAAGUAGCACUGCUAAUGUCAUCCUGGUCUGACAUGCCGCACGCUAACAAAGACUCAUGGCACUGGCUGGGUGUGGCAAUCUCGAUGGCAUAUGCCGUUGGAAUGAACAACCAAUCGACUAUACUUGUUCAACCGCCCCGGGAGCAGAGGCUUUGGCGGAGGAUCUGGUGGUCAUGUUAUUCCAGGGACCGGUUCCUUGCUCUUGGGCUCCGAAGACCGAUGCGAAUCAAUAACGAAGAUGUUACUGUUACUGGACUGGAGCUGAAUGACUUUGAGCUUAACGUGCUGCCCGACAGCAACACCAUCAUUAGAUCGCGAAAUACACCACUUCGGGACCUAAACCAACAGCUCCAAUUGGUGGACCUAUUCAUAUAUCGGUCUCGCCUAUGUGCUAUUGUUGCGUCAGUUCUCCACGUUCAAGAUGCACAUGAUAAGUCAAUGUCUGCCAUGAUGGCUAUCAACUCAAAAUGGAGCCAGAAGCUCGAUCAUGAUUUCUCACAGGCGGAGGCUGCACUGAACAAUUGGAAACACUCAUUGCCGAGGUCGUGUGAGGACCGUCCAGCAGAGCAGGUUGAACUUGAUAAUGGAAGCGCGACAAUCGCAGUUCAACGCACUCAUCUCCACAUGACAUUCCAAACGAUUCUUUAUUCUCUUCAUCGACCAAGGUUUCUCCCCACGUCACCGAAACUGCUUACUCCGGCAAACAAGCGGCCAAAGUCGAACUCAGUCCACCAAAUACGAAAUUCCGCAGUGCAGAUUACCCGAAUAGCAAAGAAUCUAGGUGAGAUGCACCUCGAUAGGUUCCUACCUGUCUCGGGAGUCACAGUUAUUUUUCCCGCGAUGGUGAUCAGUCUAUUGGACAUGAAGAGCCGUGAUGCAGGCGUGCGGCAGGCGGCGACAGAGCGAUUCUCGACGUGUAUGCGGGUGAUGGAGACGUUGCAAGAAACGUACAUUGCAGCGGAUUCUACCAUAAAUUAUUUUAAAAUGGCUCUUCAGAAGGCAUCCAUCAGCCUUUCGACUGCUAUGGGCCAUCCCAAGGUUGAGCCAGAAACAAAAGAUAUCAUUCCUACAGCAACAACACCCAAUACUUUUGUGGACCCGACAUCUCUAUCCAUGCCUGGCUCUACACCAUCGAUUGAUUUCUCGAUGGAUAACUCUCUUUUGGGCAGUAUUGGCAAAUAUAAAAGUGGGAUAGACACACCGGAUAAACCUCAUAUAUUGGAUUCCAGCCAGGAUGUGACAAAAAAUAUGCUGGAAGACAACCAGUCACCAGCUAAUCUUCUACUGAAGAACGAGGCAGGCAGAGAGCUUGAAUAUUUGUUCAGCGGCUGGCGAGAUUUUCCCCAUCACUGGGGAGCUGGAAGCUUUGACGAAGCGAUAGAAGGAAUUUUGGAGUCUGCAGGUGCUUGA